UCACAUCUUCCCAUCUCCCUUCACCUUUAUCCCAUUUGAAAUGAAAUCAUUUUCCAUUCUCAUACCUUCAUUACUCAUAAGAACCAUAACCAACCAAACAACUCCUCUUUGAAAUUGACCAUUCACUCCCAAAAAUAAUCCUCAACAAAAUGUAUUGUUUUUCCUUCCUUCUACUUUCUCUCUUUUCCCCUAUUCUUGCUAACAAUCUUGCACCCAUUUCCAUGCUUCCUUUUGAACUUGAAACUCUCUUCAAAAUCAUGGAUUCCAUGUCUUCUGAUCAAAAUUGGAGGCUUUCUCAUCCUAACCCUUGUCAACCUGGCUCUUCUUGGCCUGGAUUAGAGUGCAAAUCAUCUCUAAUUAACAAUACUAAUUUCUUUCACGUCUCAAGGCUUGACUUUGGUACUUACCCAUAUCCUUCAUGUAAACCUACUGCUAUUUUCCCUUCAUUCAUCUUUGAUCUCCCUCACCUUCAUUCUCUCUUCUUCUUCAAUUGCUUCACUCAUACCAAUACCACUCUCUCUAUUUCCCCCUUCUCUAACUCUUCUUUACAACAACUUAGCCUUCGGUCCAACCCAGCUCUUACCGGUCCGAUCCCGUCUCGACUUUCGUCUCUCAAGUCCUUGAAGAUACUCACAUUGUCUCAAAACCGACUUUUCGGCGCAAUUCCGAACGAGAUUUUUGAGUUGGUGUCGUUAGUGCAUCUUGACUUGAGUUACAACAUGCUGACAGGUAGUAUACCAAUUGAGUUGGGGAACCUUAGAAGCCUUGAAGGUUUGGAUUUGAGCUAUAAUUUACUCAAUGGAUCAAUCCCAACCACAAUUGGUCAACUGGGUUUGCUUCAAAAACUUGACUUGAGCUCAAAUUCACUCACUUUCAACAUACCUGAUUCCAUUGUGAAGCUUUAUUCUCUGGUGUUUUUGGCUUUGAGUAGCAAUCAGUUUCGUGGGUAUUUCCCGAAAGGACUUGAAAAGUUGCAAAACUUGCAAUAUUUCAUUAUGGAUGAUAAUCCAAUGCAAAUUCCUCUGCCUUUAGCAUUUGGUGAAUUAGUGAAACUACAAGAACUUAGGCUUGCAAGUUGUGGCUAUUUUGGUAUUAUUCCUCCAAGCUUUUCACUUCUAAAAAACUUGACCACUUUAUCAUUGCAAAACAAUCAUUUAAGUGGUCAAAUCCCAGUUGGAUUCAGUGGUCUUUCUCAUAUUUAUCACUUGAAUCUUAGUCGAAACUCACUCAGUGGUGCUGUCCCUUUCAACUCAAGUUUCUUGAAAAGAUUGGGAAAAAACUUGGAUCUUACUGGAAAUCCAAGCCUUUGUUUUGGCCCUUCUGAAGCCAUCACUGCCCAAAAAUUUGGAGUCACUGUCUGUGGAAGCAAGGAAAAUGGGUCAUUCAUUCAACCAUUGAAUAAAUCUCUACCUAAAUCAAGCUUUUGUUGUAAUCCAUUUGCUUUUGUUAUUUGUUUGUUGUUGCAUCAUAUAAUCUUCUCACUAUGA